AGGAUUAUCUGAUUGAAGAAGUACAUGUAUGAGCAGAGCUGGGGAGAGCCUAUGCCAUCCGCUCAGCUGAUAGGAAACAACGCCCUCCAAGACGAGUCAAAAAGCCUUUAGCCUCCACAGGACACAUCAACCAUCUGAUAUCUCUCCAUUUACUCCAAUACAAUCUCAAAAGAAAAGGGUCCAAAAUGUCUCAGAAGAUCAAAGCAGGUUCUGUGGUCGAGAUGCAAGGAGAUGAGAUGACCAGAGUAAUAUGGGAGCUCAUAAAAGAGAAACUAAUUUUCCCUUAUCUGGAGCUCGACCUGCACAGCUAUGACCUGGGAAUGGAGACCCGUGAUGCCACUGAUGACAAGGUAACUGUUGAGGCAGCGGAGGCUGUGAGGCGCUACAACGUUGGCAUCAAGUGUGCCACCAUCACUCCUGACGAGAAGCGCGUGGAGGAGUUCAAGCUCAAGAAGAUGUGGCGCUCUCCCAAUGGAACAAUCCGGAACAUCCUGGGUGGCACUGUGUUCCGAGAGGCUAUUAUCUGCAAAAACAUUCCCCGCUUGGUUCCCGGCUGGAUCAAGCCUAUAAUUAUCGGCAGGCACGCACAUGGAGACCAGUACAAGGCCACAGAUUUCGUUGUUCCCGGUCCUGGAACAGUGGAAAUGACAUACACACCUAAAAAUGGAGGAGAGCCACUCAAGUUUGUUGUCCAUGACUUUGAAGGUACUGGUGGAGUUGCUCUGGGGAUGUACAACACAGACAACUCAAUCCGGGAUUUUGCUCACAGCUCUUUGCAGAUGGGGUUGAACAAAGGCUGGCCGGUGUACCUCAGCACCAAGAACACCAUCUUGAAGAAAUAUGAUGGCCGUUUCAAAGACAUUUUCCAGGAGAUCUAUGACAAAGACUACAAGGCUCAGUAUGAGGCCAAAGGCAUCUGGUAUGAGCAUCGGCUGAUUGAUGACAUGGUGGCUCAGGCCAUGAAGUCUGAAGGUGGGUUUAUCUGGGCCUGCAAGAACUAUGAUGGAGAUGUGCAGUCAGACUCUGUAGCUCAGGGUUAUGGGUCAUUGGGUAUGAUGACCAGUGUGCUUAUAUGUCCUGACGGACGUACAGUAGAAGCUGAGGCAGCCCAUGGCACCGUUACGCGUCACUAUCGCAUGCACGAGCAGGGCAAAGAGACGUCCACCAACCCUAUUGCCUCUAUCUUUGCAUGGACACGAGGGCUGCUGCACCGGGCGGAGCUGGAUAAGAACGCAGAGCUGCGGAUGUUUGCUGAGGCACUGGAGGCCGUUUGUAUCGAGACCAUUGAAGCUGGUUUCAUGACCAAGGACCUGGCCAUCUGCAUCAAGGGCAUGUCUAGUGUCGCACGCUCUGAUUACCUCAACACUUUUGAGUUCUUGGACAAGCUGGCUGAGAAUCUGAAGAUUAAGUUGUCAAGCCAACCCAAACUAUAAAGCUGCUGGGUGUUGACAGGGCGUUCUCACACACACACACACACACACACACACACACACUCUGACACUCAACCCUCAGUCUCAUUUCCUGUCUAACUGGGAGCAAAGACAGAGAAAUGAUUGACUUCACCACUACAACCAGUAGGGGGAGCCAUGCACUUUCAACUGGACGACGAAAGUGCCCUUUUAAAUGGCAGGAGCCACUGUAACUUUCAUUAUGCUUUUAAAAACAAAUUAGAAACAUUCAUAUAGUAAAUUAUAUCACCGUUUAUACAUUUUUAUCAUUGCAACAGUUAUUUUCUUUGAAAGAUAUAUUCCCUGUAGUGCAUAAAUGCGUAUUUGUGUGCUACUGCUAUCUCUCAGAUGCUUGAACACCUGUUGCCUUAUUGUCUGCGUGUGUAGUUGUCUUGUCUUCGGACAGCCACUCUCGAAGCCGUCCCAGGAACAGUGGAAUUAGGUCUUAAUAAUGUAAAUACCUGCUUUUAACUGAAAUACUGGUAGUUCAUACUGGUAGACAUUCCUGUUCAUUCUUCACUCAGUACAACUGUCUGUCAAUGCAUUACAAAUUAAUUUCCUUACAUGGUUCUGUUUAUGUCAGUCUGUGUGCUUCUGUCAUCAGGUCUUGUGUUAUUAUGACAUCAAUAAUAAACGAGACUUUUUAAGAAGAA